AUGGCUAACGAGAAUUUUACCAUGGUUACUGAGUUUAUCCUUUUGGGACUGACAGACUGUUUUGAACUGAAAGUGGUCCUCUUUGUGUUGUUUCUACUGAUCUAUGUCACUUCAUUAGUGGGGAAUCUGGGAAUGCUCUUUCUAAUCCAAAUCACUCCCAAGCUCCACAUACCUAUGUACCAUUUCCUCAGCUGUCUAUCAUUUGUAGAUGCAUGCUACUCAUCAGUCUUUGCACCCAAGAUGCUGAUGAACUUCUUUGUUGAACCAGAAAAAAUUUCAUUUUCUGCAUGCAUUGUCCAAUAUUUUUUAUUUGUGUCACUCUUAACCACAGAGGGCUUCUUGCUGGCAGCAAUGGCUUAUGACCGCUACGUGGCCAUUGUAAAUCCUCUACUUUAUGCAAUGGCCGUCACUAAAAUAGUGUGUGUUGUUUUGGUCGUAGGAUCAUGUAUGGGAGGUUUAAUUAACUCGUUAGUACACACGAUUUUCCUGGUGAAGCUCUCUUUCUGUGGGCCAAAUGUCAUCAGGCACUUCUUCUGUGACCUUCCACCCCUGCUGAAGCUGUCAUGCUCAGAUACAUCUCUGAAUGAGUUGCUGCUUUUAGUCUUCUCCGGUGUGAUCUCCAUGAUCACUUUUUUGACUGUGAUUGUCUCCUACAUCUUCAUUGUUGCUGCCAUCCUGAGGAUUCGUUCAGCGGCUGGUAGACACAAAGCCUUCUCCACCUGUGCCUCACAUCUGAUGACCGUGACUUUAUUCUAUGGCUCUAUAAGCUUUAGUUACAUUCAACCAAGCUCCCAAUAUUCUUUAGAACAAGAAAAAGUGGUAUCUGUGUUUUAUACCCUGGUGAUUCCCAUGUUAAAUCCAUUGAUCUACAGCCUAAGGAACAAGGAAGUGAAGGAUGCUAUGAAGAGAGCAUUAGAUAUAAAACAUCUCCCCUGUUAA